AUGAAUAUUAACAUCAACACGGAAAGUAUAUGGGGAGACGGAUAUAAAGGCUAUGGAAACAAUUUCACCAAUACAAAGACACGAGUUAUACUACCCAAUUCGAAAGAAUGCCAUUUUCAGAAGUUGAGCAAGUAUUUCAACGAUGUCAAGCUAUCCAAUUCAUUGAACUUAUCAAGACACCAAGAUAAGAAAUUCAAGCGAAAGAAAGAAGAGCUAGUGCCCAUUCGAUUGGAGUUUGAUGUUGAAAAGGAUAAAUUUCGGUUACGAGAUACAUUUACAUGGAAUCUCAAUGAAGAGUUUGUGUCGUUGGAGACGUUUGUUAAGAUGAUGAUGGAAGAUUACAAGUUAAAUAAAAGUUCGUAUACAGAUGCAGUGUUGAAGAGUAUAAAAGAGCAAAUAAACGAUUACCAUUCAUCUAUUAAGAAGAAACCAAUUGAUUUAAGAAUAAUUAUUAAAUUUGAUAUCACAUUAUCUAACAACCAGUAUAUUGAUAAGAUCGAAUGGGACUUGGGCAAUCCAUUGAAUAAUCCGGAGGAGUUUGCAGAGUCUGUUACAGCGGAGUUGUCGUUGCCUGGAGAGUACAGUACAGCUAUAGCACAUACUAUCCGAGAACAAAGCCAGCUAUAUACCAAGGCGUUGUAUUUGAGUGGGUAUGAGUUCAAUGGAGAAUUGGUUAAAGAGGAGGAGAUCAAGCGGUAUUUGUUGCCGAUUGUGGAGGAGCAAAAUAUAUUUCGAAGCAAUGUUAAGGAACAAAACGAGUUUACGCCUAUAUUAAAGGAUAUGGAUAAAUUAGGAAUUGAAAAGCUAGAGAAGGAUCGAGAAAGAGAGAGUAGAAGAAAAAGAAGAAACACCGGUAGGGUGUUUAAUAGAAGAGGAAUACCAUCGUUGCCGGAUCUAAGCGAGAUUCAAAGAACGUUUCGAACAGCAGUGCCAAAUUCUAUAUUGGCAGGAGGAAUUUCAUUGAGUGAUAAUAUCGAGGAUUAUUAUGAGUAU